CCGUCCUCCAUCCUCCAAAUCAAAAUGAAGUUACCCAUAACAUUUCUUGAGCCUACAAAAUAAUAAAUGCGUUGUGUACAACAAGAUCUCAAAGCAAGAUUGACUGGGUUUAACCAUUGGUUAAUACCCAGACUGCUUAACAUUAUGCUCCCACCAGCUCCUAUAAAUAACCACACAGGGAUGAUCGAAACACCGCACCAAGCAACAUCAAUUUUGUUUUCGUGCAGCAAUCAAGAAAAUUGAACAAUGACAGGGAUGUGGUCUUUAAUCAAGGACAUUGAUCAUACCAAAACAACCUGGGCUCUAAAGGUUAGAGUGGUAAGGGCAUAUGAAGUUCCCCCUCACUCGAAAGGAGGGGAAACACUAGAGAUGGUUUUGCACGAUGCUGAGGGUGAUCGAAUUCAUGCAAUAAUCAAGAGGCCACAAAUUGCAAUGUACAGGCCUGUGAUAACCGAAAACAACAUCUAUGCAAUAAGAAAUUUUUUAGUGCUGGACAACUACCAAACAGUGAAGACCACAGAUCAUCCUUACCUAAUUCAGUUCAUCUCUAAAACUCAGUUCAUAAGGGAUACCAAGACAGUGCUGCCUAUGAUGGUUUAUGAUUUCCAACCUUUUGAUAUGCUACACGCACAAAGGGUUGUGAAUGACAAAAGUCUCAUUGAUAUUAUCGGGAAGGUGAUCGGGAAGGGCGUUGUCCAGACCCACAUUUCCAGCGGUAAGACAGACAGGCAUAUGGAACUAACUUUGGCAGACCCAGAGGGUAACCGACUAGGCUGUGUCUUAUGGAAUAAGUACAUUAGCCAAUAUCAAGAUUAUAUUAAGGAAAAUGAAGGGGUGCCCGUUUUUGUGAUACUUCAACUCUGCAGACCUAAAAGAUUUCAAGGAACUUUAACUGUGACAACUUCCUUUGAUGUUUCCAAACUCAUCAUCAAUGGAAACACAACCGAGUUUAUAGAGUUCCAAAGCGAAUUUCCUGUAGAUGGUGAUGACACCAUUUCACAGACUUGCCUUACACAAUGCUCACAAGGUGAAGGAAGGGAUGAUGUGCUUAGUGGCCGCGCUGUUCUAACCACUAUGAAGGAUUUGCUGAAAGCUACUGAGGAAGAUGUUUACUGGGUUCUUGCGGAGGUAGUUUCAAUAGAAAACUUUCGGGAAUGGUGCUACUUGGGCUGCCCAACUUGCCACAAAAAGUUAACGCCCGAGGAGGAAAGGUUUAGGUGUACUAAUUGCAGCGUGACUCUAGCGGACGGGGUUUACCGUUACAAGGUCAGCGUAUGUAUCAUGGACAACACUGGCCAUGGAAAUUUUGUUCUUUGGGACAGAGAGUGUAUUGAAAUUCUUGGGAAAACAUCCUCAAGCCUGAUGGCAGAAGUGGAGAAGAAAACUGGUGAUCCAACAAGAUUUCCAGAAGAUAUUGAAAGCUUGGUGGACAAGAAGGCCAUAUUCAAAAUACAGUUGAAGAAGAAAAGUGAAGAAAAUGCCUACAGAGGCGGGAUUUCGUUAGGAGUGCUUAGUAUGAUACAAGAUCCUAAUGUUUUGGCAAUGUAUGAAGGAAAGCAGGACAUUGGAACAGAUGAGAGCGAUGAGAAGACUCCAGAAAAGAUUGAUUCAAGUGCAGACAUGGGAGAGAACUCAAACUCUGUUGGGGAGAAAUCUACAGUCACUAAGGGCAAGGGGAAACGGAUUUCAGCUGAGAAGGAGGUCAUUGCCCCAAUUGAGCUCCCAGAUUCACCUACGGCUUCUACCCAGAGGGAGGUUAAUGUUGCAUGGAAUGAUGAGAUAACCAAAAACCUUAACGAUGAAUUUUCAAGCAACGGGAAUGGCAAGAAGCUAAAGAUCAAAAUCAAACAGGAACCACUCUAAAUAUGGUUCUGCGCCUUAAAGACUGCAGUGUUUUUUGUGUUGACAUCUAAUAUGGUGUUUACUUUUGAUGGAAAACUGUUUGAAAUGGCAGUAUGUAUGCCAUCGUUUUUUGCAAGUGUUGAAACGCUAUGUGUGACAAACAUUAAAUAACUUGGUGCUCUAUGUCUAUUUA